AUGGGGUUCCUCGAAUAUGCGCCGAUGCUGGCUACUCUGCUAGCGGGCAUAGCGUUUCUGCAAAGAACUUGGAUCCUUCCACUUAUCCAGGGCAAACUUCAAGGCACGAAGAGGGAUAUCGAGCCGGUGCCGCUGACGACCACUACAACACCAUCAUCGUCGUCGUCACCGUAUGUUGUAUCAAAAGAAUCCAAUUUCCCUGAAAACUGGUGGACGGGGAAAGACGUAUGGGAGCUGGAGAGACGUGCCAUCUUCAGUAAAACAUGGCUUUACAUCUCACACAGGACCCGCUUCUCCAAACCAGGCGACUAUCAGUCAUUCACCAUGGCCGGGUUUCCCAUUUUCCUGAUCCUGGGCAAGGAUGGCAAGAUCCGGGCAUUCCACAACGUAUGCCGCCAUCGUGCAUACACGAUCACAAAAAAGGAGACUGGGUCUUCCCUGGUCCUGGGCUGCAGGUAUCAUGGCUGGAGCUACAAUGCGUACGGGAAUCUUGUCAAGGCUCCUCAUUUUGAUGAUGUUCCGGGAUUUGAUAAAUCUCAGAAUGGGCUCUUUGAGAUCCAUACUCGAGUGAGCGAGCGCGGCUUUAUCUUCGUUAACUUGGAAGCUGGUAAAGAAGUCCCCGAAGGUGACUUUGAUGGAUUGGACGAGUUUGUGCAGAACCGGGGUAGGAAUGAGUUUUGGAUGGGCAUUCCCCAUUCGAAGUUCGUCUGGGCAGGGAGUCAGGCAGUUGAGGGCAAUUUCAACUGGAAAUUUGGGCUGAGAACAACACCGUUCAUCCAUCCUGCGGAAGUCGAACGAUCGAUUCCAGUUGCUCAAUCUACCAUGGCAUCUGCCAUGGCUGCGUUGGCCAGGUAUCUCAGCAAUGAUGAGCCCAAGAGCCGGCAGUUUUGUCUAUUUCCCAACACCUCGAUCCACAAUAUCAAGGGCACUAAAUGGUGGUAUUCGCUGAGCUUCUCCCCAAUCUCCGAGUCGAAGACAUCGAUCCGAUACGAUUUGUUUUGCUGGCAAUCAGAAAGUUCGGUUGACUCGGAUGCAGAAACCCUGUCAAGUAUGCUUUCCAGGUUAUUGCAAGAAAGGGUCCGAGACUUGGAGGAGGAAUUUCACGAACAUUCAGGGCAAGUAUCAAUUUGA